AUGCGAUUCUUUACAUCCCCUGCCCUUUUGCUACCGUUAGCAGUGUCUGCUGCGCCAACAAGCAGCUCUGCAAAUGUCUUGCUGAAUGAAUUGUUCUGCAAAGUCAAUGUAGUAGUGAUAUCAGCACUCAAAAAAGAUGCUGCAGCAACUUCUUACUGUUCAAGCUAUCUGUCGAUACCCACUUUGACCUAUACGGCGACGGCUACAGCGACACCUUCGAGCGUAUACACCACAACCCCGACAACAAUUACCGGCGAUGCAACGACGGCCACAACUACGUCCACGGCCACGACAACUACCGACAUUACCACGACCGAGACCGUAACCGAGACUAUCACGGAUAUCACAACCUUGACCACGUCGACUUCAACUUUAACUUGCCUGAAUAGCGCCUAUACGGCUUCCACUCCGGUUGGAACCAUACUGAAACGCGGCGUUGUUGCAUCAAAGCCGACUUGCCUUCCCACCACCUGGGCUUCAGCUGCUGUAUCUACCGCCUGCUCGUGCCUGUCCAUUCCGACGCCAUCCACUACUACGACUGUGACUCAGACUCUUGUGCCGGGAACAAUCACCGUUACUUCAACCGAUGUCCUGACACCAAUUGUCACCGCCACUGAGACAACCACAUCUACAGUAACAAAUACACAAACGGAAACAAUCACAACUCAGUCCACAACGACCCUUACUGCCUACGCAGAGGCAACAACUAUUGCGUCGAACGGUAUAGCCUACAGCAAGUUUACGCACUCCUAUAAUGCAGACUCGAGCAGCAGCGGCUUCACCUCGACUGCCUUCAAGUCCUUGACAGCUGACUGGACUGGUUCUCUCCAAUCGCUGUCCUUCAGCACUCCGAACUGGCCGGGUGGCUCACAGUACCUUACGCUUUCUGACCAUGCCGCUUUCCUCGAGACGCAGGCCGCGCUGCUCCUGCAGGGCUUCUUCAUUGCCCAGCAGAGCGGAACUUAUACCUUCUACAGCUCGCGGGAUUACAUUGACAACUGGGGUUACCUCUGGACCGGCGACGCAGCAUACAGCUCUUGGGACGAUACUAAUACGGCUUUCCAAGCUAGCCGUACUGGUGCUGGGUACUAUGGAGGGUCUUCCAGUGUUACGUUGAAUGCUGGCGAUGCUAUUCCGCUGACGUGGCUCUGGGCUAAUGGAGGUGGUGUUGCACGCAGUUACUUCAUGAUCACUGCUCCUGAUGGAACAAGCACUACGGACUCUACUGGAUACUUUGUCCAAGCAUGCAGUUCUAGCGUCUUUUCCUAG